GACGCAGACUGUGUGUAUGUGGGAGAGUGAUGGAGGAGGUCGGUUCUCCGGCGGUUCGCCGAAGCUGCCCCGCGGGUCUCUCCGCCGUCCGGGCCGAGACCAUAGAGGGUCUGACGGAGCUCGAGGACUUGGAGCGUGUGUACGCGCAGCUGUGUGGCGAGGAGGCGGAGGUGCAGACGGAGCUGGAGGCCCUUGCAGGUCAGCAGAGCAGCAUCGAAACCAAGAUGCUGGCACUACAGAGGCUGGGUCCAAACCUGCAGUUGAUUGAGGGUGAUGCUGCGCAGUUAUCCGGAAUGAUCAACUUCACUUGCAGCCUGGCAGAGAACGUCAGCAGCAAAGUCAGACAGUUGGACCUCACUAAGAAACGACUGUACCAGGCGAUCCAGCGAGCAGAUGAUAUUCUUGAUCUGAAGUUCUGCACAGAUGGUGUCCAGACAGCCCUGCGUAACCAGGACUACGAGCAAGCCGCCGCUCACAUCCACCGCUACCUCUCUCUUGACCAGUCCGUCAUCGAGUUGAGCAGACAAGGCGGAGAGAGCACUGCCGUGGACGCCAGCCUGGCUUUGCUGCAGGAAGCAGAGCUCAGUUUGAAGGCGCUGGUUACUAAGCGACUAGAGGAGGCAGUUGCUACAGGCGACCUGCCUCAGGUGGAACGCUUCUUUAAAAUUCUCCCCCUACUUGGCCUCCAUGAACAAGGUCUCGCCCAGUUUGCUCAGUACCUCUGCAGUCAGUUGGCCAGUAAGGCGGAGGAGAACCUGCUCCUCGCGGUGGGUUCUGAUCUUGGUGAGCGCCGAGCGCCGGUGAUCUUUGCUGACACACUCACACUGCUCCUAGAGGGUAUUGCAAGGAUUGUGGAGACUCAUCAGCCUAUAGUAGAGACGUACUAUGGCCCAGGCCGCCUCUACGUGCUCCUUACACACCUUCAGAAAGAGUGCGAUGUGCAGGCACAGAAAGUGGUGGAUAAGUUCAUUAAGCAGAGGGACUAUCACAACAAGUUUCAGGUAGUCCAGAGCAGUAUGAUGAGGGGUGUGUCUGCCGAGAAGAUUGAGCCGAGAGAGCUGGAUCCGGUGUUAUGUGAGGUCACCCUGAUGAACUCGAGAGCAGAACUGUACCUGCGAUUUUUAAGGCGCCGCAUCACAGCUGAUUUUGAGGUUGCGGAUGCAGUGGCAGCUGAGACAGUCAUCCGAGAGCACCAUCAGUCUUUAGAACGGCUGCUGAAGGACUGUCAGCUCAGUCGCACCAUGCAGGAGCUUAUUGGCUUCUACAUCCCCAUGGAGGAGUACUACAUGAGGGAGACCGUGAACAAGGCAGUUGCGAUGGACACAGCAGAAGCAGGACAGCUGAGCUCCAGUAUGGUCGACGAUGUGUUCUACAUUGUAAAGAAGUGCAUCAGCCGUGCUCUAACCAGUGGUAGCUCUGACUGUGUGUGUGCGAUGAUCAAUCAUGCAACCAGCAUGCUGGAAGCCGACUUCAGGGAAGUGUUGGUGUGUAAGUUACGAGCGGGUUACCCGGCCAGCGCUCUCCAGGACCUGCAGCGUGGCGUCAGCAGUGCCGUGAGCUUGAUGCAGAGCAGCCUGCAACAUGGAAAGAUACAAACACUAGGCAUAGAGAGCCAGGAGCAGGCCAAAAGCGCCUACUUGGUGACUCUGAAUAACGUGGAAGUCUGCAGUGAGAAUAUCAGCACUCUGAAAAAGAACCUGGAAAGUGAUUGUGCGAAGUUGUUCAGUCAGGCUGCAGGCUCAGAGCACGCUCAGGCAAAAAUAGACAGCUGUCUGUCUGACUUGAUGAACACCUCCAGCAAGUUCAAGGAUCUCCUUCAGGAGGGCCUGCAGGAACUGAAUAACACGGCUAUCAAACCACAAGUGAAACCCUGGAUUAGUAACUUCUUGUCUGUUUCACACAAUAUUGAAGAGGAGGAGUUCAGUGAAUAUGAAGCCAAUGACCCAUGGGUUCAACAGCUUGUUGUGCAACUGGAGCAGCUCAUGGCUGAAUUUAAAGUGGGUUUGUCUCCGAUGAUCUAUGAUACUCUGACUAGCCUCAUGACCAGCCUUAUUGCCAUGGAGUUGGAGAAGACUGUUUUCAAGUGCACCUUCAGCAGGCUGGGUGGGCUGCAGUUUGAUAAGGAAUUGCGUUCAUUGGUGGCCUAUCUGUCAUCGGUCACCUCCUGGACCAUCAGGGACAAAUUUGCACGACUUACUCAGAUGGCAACAAUUCUCAACCUGGAGAGGGUAUCGGAAAUUCUGGAUUACUGGGGGCCAAACUCCGGGCCUCUUACCUGGCGCCUGACUCCUGCCGAGGUCCGGCAGGUCCUGGCACUCAGAGUAGACUUCCGCAGCGAAGACAUCAAAAGACUACGGCUGUAAUACACGCCGGAGCGAGGAUUUCUGGGUUCUGAAGAAGCUUCUGAAGCAUCUGUCUGUCGGCUAUUUAACCUUACUGUUUGGGGGGACGGGGGGGACGGACUGAAUCAUGGGAUCUUAUCUUUGUACAGUUGUAUACGUGUACUGGCUGAAGGUUUUCCUUCUCUUGAGUGAUUAAAAUGACUCACAUUCGAAA